AUGGCGCAAUGGACAACUGAUGUAUCCAAAAUCCUUGAUGCAAGGACAGGAGACAUCAGUUGGGGGAAAGAUGAGAUACCGCCACAAUUGAUGUUUGACCUUGAAUCAGAAGACGAAGAAUUCAAAUGCAACUUCAACAAGUUGAUCAAGGCCGAAGAUGUUGACAAUGGUACGCUCCAGGGGACCACAGAGACUGAGGACAUCAACGCACAGAACUACGUCAACAUGGAGAUUGGCCUGAGACAGGGACAAGAAGGGGAGUUGCAACGUGCAGUUGUAUAUAUCUAG